AUGUUCCGGCUACUAGCUGCCUGCUGGUCUCGGCUUAAGACAACUGAAGGGACACGAAGAAACGUGAACAUCAUUACCGUUGGAUUGGACAACGCUGGUAAAACUGUUAUUGUUGAGGCCUUCCAAAGAUUACUACCUAAUAGAGUGAAACGUUGCUUGAAAUCUGGACUGGUUACACUCCUGGUGGAUGAGUAUGAAGUUGCCAUCUAUGACCUGAAUGGAGACCAAAAGGGUCAAGAAAUAUGGCCGAACUAUUAUACACAAGCACACGGACUUGUUUUUGUCCUGGACUCCAGUGAUUUGGGUCGCAUGCAAGAAGCAAAGAUCAUCUUAACACGUCUGCUGUCAGAUAAGAGAGUUGCAGGGAAACCUAUGUUACUCCUCGCAAAUAAACAAGACAAGAAGGGUGCACUCCUACCUCAUGACAUAAUAGAAUAUCUACUACUGGAAAGUCUAGUAAAUGAGAACAAGUCCAUCUGCAGAGUGGAAUCCUGUUCAGCAAUCAGAAUUUUACAAAAGAGGAACCAUCAGCACAUUAUUGAAAGUCUGCGCUGGCUAUUAGCAGCCAUUGGGGAUAAAUAUGAAAAUCUGAAUACUGGCCAACAAUCACUCACUUCAAGCAUCUCGACCUCGAAGAACCCAAGAGGAUCUGGGAAAAGAUGCUCAUCAGACAGAUUCUCUACCAGAUUUGGAUUUGCCAAAGAUAAAAGACAACAUAUGCAGCAAUGUUCAUCGGAACCUAAACCCCUAAAGCCAAUCCUGCAGAAAGAAGACUUAAGAUUAAGACCUAAGAAAAAUAUAUCAGUAACAUUUGAUUUGGAUGAACCUGUGGAAGAAGGUGAAUGUUCUGGGGGUGUGGAAGGGAAGAGCUCAGAAUAUGGUUGUUUUGCCACAAUCAGAAUAACUUUCAGACAUCAAUUCCAGACCAGCGACUGCAGCCGAGAAAGGCCUGAGAACGGCCUGAACCACAGUUUCCAGGGAGAUUCACUUCCUGCUGCGCCAGGAUUCCCCAGCGGGCCCAGGAGCCUAGCCCGGGCGAAGGCUCAGGGACACUCGGACCUCUCCUGGACACACCCAGCUAAACUUUGGAAACCUUCUCCCUACUUUGUCGGAGAAGUGAGGGAACUGGAAACUCCGCCCAAGAGAUCUUCCUGA